GCCCCGCCGGUCGACGUGAAGGCUGCCCCGCGCGCCCCAGCACCGGCCAACGGAGCUGCACGGUUGCGCGCGCCCGCCGCCGCGUCCGUGAGACGCCAGAGACCGCGCCGCGGCAGCCGACCGCUGCACUCGUAAACGCACAAGCAAACACCAGUACAGGAUGACCACCCGCGGCUUAGUGAGUGUGUCCGUGGGAGGCACGUCAUUUAGUGUAAGACCGAGGUACGGCGGCUUUAAAGUGAUAGGACGAGGCUCGUAUGGCGUAGUAGUGAGCGCCACCGAUUCCGAGACGAAAAAAAAGGUCGCCAUCAAGAGAAUAAAGCCCAUGUCCGGCCACGCUUCCGAUGCCAAACAUGCCCUGAGGGAGAUACGGUGCAUGAAAUUACUAGGCGGCCACGCGAAUAUAUUAGGUGUCCGAGAUUUAUUCUGCGACGUGAGGGAAAACGCUUUGUAUAUAGCCAUGGAGCUCCUGGAUAGCGACCUCCAUCGCAUCAUCCAGUCGCCGCAGGACCUGACGGAUGCCCACCACCGCUUCUUCAUGUACCAGUUGGUGCGAGGUUGUAAAUACAUGCAUGAGAGAGGUAUCAUACACAGGGACCUCAAGCCCGGGAAUUUAUUAGUGACGCGGGCCUGUGAACUGCGGAUCACGGAUUUCGGACUUGCACGACUGCAGUCCGUAUGCUCGCGGGGCCAGGGCGGCGAUGUGGAUGCGGGCCCGAUGACCCAACAUGUGGUCACGCGCUGGUACCGGCCUCCGGAGCUCAUGCUCGCUCCUGAUGGACGCUAUACGAACAGUGUAGACAUGUGGUCCGUCGGGUGCAUUCUUGCCGAAUUGUUGGGAAGAAGACCCCUGUUUCCGGGGAAAAACUUUGUCCAUCAACUACAACUCAUCUUCGACGUCAUCGGCGCGCCGUCUCCGGAACGAGCGAAGGCCGUGAGGAAUAAGCAAGCGCGCAAGUUCCUCGAGACCGUCAAGGGCAAGCCCAAGGUGCCUUUUAGCAAGGUGUUCCCGAAGGCGCAUCGCGCGGCCCAUGACGUGCUAGAAAAACUAUUAGCUUAUUCUUCGACCGAUAGAAGUGCGGCCGUCGACUUGUUGGAACAUGACUACUUCCGCACGUUGUCUUAUGCUGAUCCUUUACCCAUCAAGGAGCCGGACGCGCCGGAGGCCGAUUUCCGUUUCGAGUACAAGGACCUGGCCGCGGAGGACCUCAAGCAAUCGAUCAUCGACGAGGUGCGGGCCUACGACCCCUCACCAAAGCGUAGUUCUACGACAUCGUCGCAGCGCGACGGCGACGCGCGGCGGUCCGGGUCUUCGAAGUUGUACUCGAAGGGCGCUUCUGACGAGGCUCGACGGGCGGUCGAGCGGCAACGACGGCGCGAGGAGAAGCCGCCGCGGCGCGAGUCGAGUAGGCGGGACGCCUACGCGGAAGCGCGGCGCGAGGUCGAGGCCUCGGCGCAGCGCGCGCGGGAGGCCGAAGCCAAAGCGAGGGAGGAAGCGCGACGGGCCGAGCGCGAGCUGGAGCGGGAGCGCGAGCGAAGAGAAAGAGAGCGCGAGAUCCGCGCACGAGAAGAGGCGAACGCGCGGGAGCGGGAAGCGCAACAGAGGCGGGAAGCGAGGGCGCGCGUCGAGGCCGCGCGCGACGCGGCGCCUCGCCGGCGCCGCGACGACCCCAUCUCGCGGGCCUUCCGCGAGGCCGCCGCCGAGCUCCCGAAGCGGCGGAGCGACCCGCUGUCGCAGCGAUUCCGCGAACAUACGGAAUCGAAGCGGUACGCGCCGCCCGCCCCGGCGCCGGCCUACGUCUACCAGGAGCCGACGCCGCCGCCUCCUGUACAAGAGCUGCCGCGGCGCCCGCCCGCGCCCCUGCCCUGCGAGCACCGCGAGCGCCCGGCGCCGCCGCAGCGCGCGCCGCCGCGGCCGCCGUCACCGGACCCGCCCGCGCGGACGUUUGCGAACCAGAUCUCGCGGGACGCGGGCCGCGCGCCGGACCUGCCGCCGCGCGUGACCCACGGGAGACUACGUAGAAGCGACGACAGCGGCGGGCCCUCCUAUUUGAGGGACACGGCGCGGUCCAAGGCCUACACGAAGGCGUCGCGGGCCUACGCGCCGCUGCGGCGCGGGACGCACGCGAACCGCAAAAAGCGCCAGCCGACGGUGCCGAAGAGUCCCGCCUUCUCGAAGUUCUCCUGGCAGAAGCCCCGCGCGCGCGAGAAUGCGUACUGAGGAUUCCUAACUAGCGUUUGCCG